ACAAGUUUGGCCAGCUUCUCUGUCACAGAAACAUGGAGACAGUCAGAACAGAAACAUGCCCACUCUGGACGAUCGGAAUGGUUAAAAAUGAGAAGGAAUUUGUCUACAGAAAGCUCAAUCAUGGCAUAUCAGUUUUGCUGUCUCUGUCCGGAUAUUUAAGAAGCAGAGCAAGGGAUUCAAUCGAAUAUCCUUCCUGCUCAGACAGUGGGAAUGGAUUCACUUGGUCAUCUCAACUGAAGGUACAUCAGCGAGUUCACACUGUGCAAGGCCAUUCAUCUAUUCUGUGUGUGAGAAAGGAUUCAGUCGGUCUUCCCACCUGUGGACACACCAAUCAAUUAACACCCGGCAGAGGCUAGUCAUCUGCUGAAGUUCUGGGAAAGGAUUCACUCCAUCAUCUGACCUCAUGGCACACCAACGAGUUCACACCAGAGAGAGGCAGUUCACCUGCUCGGACUGUGGGAAGGGGUUCUCUUGGUCGUCUGAACUACUGAGACACCAACGAGUUCACACUGGGGAGAAGCCGUUCACCUGCUCCGUCUGUGGGAUGAGAUUCACUGAUUCAUACACACUACAAAGUCACCAGCGAGUUCACACUGGGGAGAGGCCGUUCACCUGCUCAGACUGUGGGAAGGGAUUCACACAGUCAUCUGACCUAAUGGCUCACCAGCGAGCACACACCGGAGAGCGGCCGUUCACCUGCUCGGACUGUGGGAAGGGAUUCUCUUUAUCUUCUCGCUUACUGACACAUCAGCGAGUUCACUCUGGGGUGAAGCCGUUCACCUGCUCAGUCUGUGAGAAGAGAUUCACUCACUCUUCCACGCUACAGAGACACAAGCUUGUUCACACUGGGGAGAAGCCGUUCACCUGCUCAGAAUGUGGGAAGGAAUUCACUGAGUCAUCACACCUACAGAGACACCAGCGAGUUCACACUGGAGAGAAGCCAUUCAUCUGCUCAGUCUGUGAGAAGAAGUUCACUAACUCUUCCACCCUACAGAGUCAUCAGCGAGUUCACACUGGGGAGAAGCCGUUCACAUGCUCAGUCUGUGAGAAGGGAUUCACUCAUUCUUCCACCCUACGGAGACACCAUCGAGUUCACACUAAGGAGAAGCCGUUUACCUGCUCAGUCUGUGGGAUGAGAUUCACUGAUUCAUCCUACCUGCAGAGUCACCAGCGAGUUCACACUAGGGAGAAGCCAUUCACCUGCUCAGUCUGUGCGAAAGGAUUCACUCUGUUAUCCAACCUGCAGUGUCAUCAGCGAGUUCACACUGGGGAGAAGCCAUUCACCUGCUCAGACUGUGGGAAGGGAUUCACUGUUUCAGCUAGCCUAAUGGCACACCAGCGAGUUCACACUGGGCAGCGGCCGUUCACCUGCUCAGACUGUGGGAAGGGAUUCACUUUGUCAUCUAAACUACUGAAACACCAGCGAGUUCACACUGGGGAGAAGCCAUUCACCUGCUCAGUCUGUGAGAAGAGAUUCAGUGACUCUUCCGCCCUACAGAGACACCAGCGAGUUCACACUGGGGAGAAGCCAUUCACCUGCUCAAUCUGUGGGAAGGGAUUCACUCAGCCAUCCCACCUACAGAGUCAUCAGCGAGUUCACACCAGGGAGAAGCCGUUCACCUGCUGAGAAUGUGGGAAAGGAUUCACUCAGUCAUCCCAACUACCGGCACACCAGUAAGCUCACAAUGGGGAGUGGCGGUUGUUAUGAUUCCCUAGGUUUCGUUUACAGUGGACUGUCAUUUUGAGAGAAAGAGAGAGAUAAAGACGGUGAAUCAGUCUGACUUGCAGCUUGUUUACAUCGCUAGCAGCUUGUUUAAUUUUAACCAAGGACAUGGACACUCAGAGUGAGACAGAGACGAAGGAUGAAAAAUGGAAGGUUCAAAACAAGGGAAAUAGUGGCCAAAGCUCAUGGUUUAGAAUGUCCCUACGCCCACAAGUGUGGGUUAAUUAUCGUUUCAGCAUACAUCGAAUGUGUGGUUGUCACCUCUUUUGAUCCAUGGGAGUGGAUCAGAUUUGGGGUAUCCUGUGAAGACCACUUAUGUGUUAACCCUUGCCUAGUUGUGGUGUGGUAAUUCACUUGAAGACAAUACCACUUUUGACAUGUCAUUUUCGGUGGUAAUUCGUAUGUGGAUUUGGAACACGACCAAUAAAAUCUACAGUGACUGUUCUCUCAUUUUACCACCAUGGAACCUGUGGAAUUCGACAUAAUUGCCUUCUCUUAACAUUUACCCUGGAUUACAAAUAUCUCCCUCUCAUCACCUAUUCUGUGGUUGAAUUGAACUUUCGUACUUUACCAUCUCAAGACUCCAAGCCUUGUUUCCCCGGAGCUCAAUAGUUCUGGAGUUACAUUUACACACAUAUA